UGCGAUGAGACACGCCCCGGCUGCCAGCGCUGUGCCACGGCCGGCAUUGAAUGCCCGGGCUAUCCCCAGACCCGGAAGUUCAUCGACGAGGGCGCCACGGUGCGGCGUCGAUAUGGCCCGUACCAGCGCAAUACGCCGCGGGCUCACCCGUCCACCAACGUGCAAGAGAACCAGAACCAGAACCAUGCCGUGGUGGACAGUGUGUCGAGUCCUAAGCCGGACUCGAAUCCCAAGCCCUCUGAGACGGGUCUGACGGCCAGUGCUGGGCCGGACCUGCAAGCCUCGCUGAAGAGUAAUCUCCUCGAGAACCCGUCAAGGGACAUCACCAGUACCGAGUCUGCGUCGAAUCCGGCGGCGUUUCAGCCGGUGGCCUAUCCGACGGCGCUGGAACUUCCUUCGUCCAGUAUCUCUCCCAGCAGGAGUCAGCAGCAGCAGGAAGCUGGUCUCCUGACGAAUUCCAUGUCGAAUGACGUGCAGAAUGCCGCCGACUUCAACGGCAGCACCAGCAUGGGCCCGUCGGCGCUCUACGACAGCACGUUCAAUGUGCCCCUGGACCUGACGCUGGCGAGCAUUCUCGACCAGGCGCCCUAUUCGACGCCGCUGCCGUCCAGCACGGUGCUGGACCAGAAGAACGGGCAAAAGGAAGCGGCCGAUUUCUUCUCAGAGUUGAUGGUGAACAGCGAGCGCGAGAUGGCGUUCCUUCUCCGGCAUUUUUCCGAGUUCAUAGCGCCGUGGUAA